AUGAGCCCCACCCAUUUACUCCAUUGUCAGUUUUUUAUGAUAUGGCAGCAAACAUGUUUAUUAGAAAACAAUUUCCGGAAGGAUCUCAUAGCUCAAUCACUAUUUCGAAUAGCCAGAGGGUUUCUAAAACAGUCUAUCAGAUGUGAGAUAGAGCUCUUGGAUACACUGGCAAGUGUGUGUAAUACUGGUAUUCAACAUUACUUAAGAAUAUUAAACACUCUAAAAUGCGCUUUGAAGACGUGGAUAGCAAAGUGCCCUCAAACAAUCGUGGAUGCCAAAGGUACCAAUGAAGAAAGAAAGUUAAUUGCUCAUGCUCAGUGCUUGUUUGACCAACAACAGACCAAUAUUCAUGGAGACAUCAGCAUAUACGACAAGGACAACAGUUCUGAGAAGAAGGGCAUAUCUCUACAAGCAAAGUGCAUUAUAAUCAAGAUACAAAGGGAUAUUAGCAUCGAGUCCUCUGAAAAGUGA